UCAUAAAAAAAUUAUAAUGUAUUCAAACUCAGUGCCACAGAGUAAGUAAUAUACUACUCAGUGCGUAGUGAUACAUGUUACGUAUUGGUCGUGGCGCGAAUGACUUAACAAUAACGAUUAAUAAACAAUAAAAAAUACUGUGCCUAAACAAUGAUUGCGAUUCUUAUAUUCAUCGCUUUUAUAUUAAUACUGCUUAUAUCGUGGAUAAGUUUAUUGAAAGACAGCAAAUGUUAUAAUAUCCCUGGACCCACACCCCUUCCAAUUGUUGGAAAUGGACAUUUAUUUGCGACCAGAGCAACUGAGUUUCUUCCGCUCUUACAAUACUUUCAAAAAACCUACGGCGACGCUGUCCGGGUUCAUUUGUUUAACCAGCCAUACGUUGUCUUGUAUCAUCCGAAAUAUAUUGAGCCCUUAAUAUCACAUUCCGAAUUGAUAACGAAAGGAAAAUCGUACGAUUUUUUACAUGACUGGCUUGGUUUUGGACUUCUGACCUCAACAGGCAACAGAUGGCGUAUGCACCGCAAAUUUCUGACGCCCGCAUUCCAUUUUAACAUUUUGCAAAAUUUUUUGCCCGUCUUUUUAAAAAACGAGAAAGUACUCAUCAAUAAACUGAAAUCGACAUAUUGUAACGAAAUACCGUUUGAUCUUUUUCCUAUCAUAGCUCUGAAUGCACUGGAUAAUGUGACGGAAUCUGUUAUGGGUGUAUCUAUUAAUGCACAAGAUAACAGUAAUUCAAAAUACGUUAAAUCUAUUGAAGCUUUGACAAAAAUAUUAUCUUUAAGAAUGCGUAAUCCGUUCAUGGGUGAAGAUGCAAUAUUUAAAAUAACAAGGUAUAACAGAACACAACAAGAAGCUUUAAGUGUAUUACACGGGUAUACUAAGAAAAUUAUUGAACUACGAAAGAGGGAACUGCAAGAAGCCAACAUUCACACGCUAGAAGAUAACGCUGAGCUUGGUAUUAAAAAUAAACACGCCUUUUUGGAUUUAUUGCUCUUGUCUGAAAUUGAUGGGGUAAAAAUUAAUGAUGAACAAGUGCGUGAAGAAGUUGACACAUUUAUGUUUGAGGGCCAUGACACAACGACGUCAGGCAUAUGCUUCGCAUUAUUUUGUGUGUCCAAGCACGUGGAUGUACAGGAAAAGAUUUUAGAUGAACAAAAACGAAUUCUUGGCGAUGAUCUGAGCAGGGAUCCUACUUACAGUGAUUUGCAACAAAUGAAAUAUUUAGAGCUGGUAAUUAAAGAAUCUUUAAGAAUAUUUCCCUCUGUACCUCUAAUAGAGAGACUUAUUACAAAGGACUCGGUAUUAGCCGGGUUACGAAUAAAGAAGAACACAUCAGUAAUCGUAGAUAUAAUUCAUAUGCAAAGAAGUCCGGCUUUGUAUGAAAACCCAAUGGAGUUUCGGCCCGAGAGGUUCACUGAGUCUGCUGCCAUGUCUGGGAAGAAUGCUUUCUCGUGGCUCGCAUUCAGUGCCGGUCCUAGGAACUGUAUUGGUCAAAAAUUCGCGAUGAUGGAAUUAAAAAUAACCUUGGCGGGAAUCAUAAAAAACUUCAAGGUAUUGCCAGUAGACAUGGAGCCGCAAUUGUGCUCCGAUCUUGUUUUAAGAUCAGAAAACGGUGUACAAAUUAAAUUAAGUCCAAGAAUAUAAUAAAUAUAUAUAAGUC